AUGCCUUCACCAUUGACCGUCGAAGGACUCCAAGCGAGCGACAUUCAUGCCAAGAUCGAAUCUCUGAUGACCAACCUGGUCAGCAUCAAGGACGAAACAGGCCGCUUCCUCCAGCGCCUCCCCGAUGGCCGUACCAUCGACACCAAGGGCUGGAACGACUGGGAAUGGACGCACGGCAUCGGCCUGUACGGGCUCUACCAAUACCACACGCUCACGUCGUCCGCGACCGCGCUGGACGUGAUCACCCGGUGGUUCUCGGCGCGCCUGGCGGAGGGGACGACCAAGAACAUCAACACCAUGGCCGUGUUCCUCACGCUCGCGCACCUGUACGAGAAGACGGGCGACCAGAGCCACCUCGCCUGGUUGGAUAGCUGGUGCGAGUGGGCCAUGCACGAACUCCCGCGCACCACGUUCGGGGCGAUGCAGCACAUCACGUACGUCGACGAGAACCACAACCAACUCUGGGCCGACACGCUGAUGAUGACGGUGCUCCCGCUCGCCAAAGUGGGCGUGCUCCUGAACCGGCCGGACUACGUCGAGGAAGCGAAGCGGCAGGUCCUCUUGCACGUCCAGUACCUCUUUGACCCGACGACGGGCUUGUUUUUCCACGGAUGGCAGUUUCACGACGAAGGAGACGCCGCGGCCGGCCGUGGAGGCCACAAUUUCGCCCGGGCCCGAUGGGCGAGGGGGAACAGCUGGCUGACCAUCGCCAUCCCGGACUUUAUUGAGAUCCUCGACUUGCAGCCGAGCGACGGCCUCAGGAUGUACCUUGUCAGCGUGCUCGAGGCGCAGUGCCGCGCUUUGCGCGCGCUGCAGACGCCCGACGGCAUGUGGAGGACACUGCUCGACGUGGCCGAGGACGAUGGGAGUUAUCCGGAGGCGUCUGCCACCGCCGGGUUCGCGUACGGACUGCUGAAAGCCGUGAGGAAGAGAUACGUACCGAAAGAGUACAGGGAUGUUGCCCUACGCGCGGUCAAGGCUGUGUUGAGGAGAAUAAACGACGCUGGGGAGCUCGGCGACGUGAGUUUUGGGACGGCCAUGGGCCACGAUUUGAAGCAUUACGUCAACAUCGAGAGGACGAGUAUGCCGUACGGUCAAGCGAUGGCCAUCAUGGCCUUGGUCGAAUUCUUGAGGGUGUUUAUAUAG